CGGGACAGCACAGGGGCAGCGUCCGGCCAUGGCCGGGGCCCGCAGGCUGGAGCUGGCAGAGGCCCUGGCUCUGGGGCCUGGCUGGCGGCAUGCGUGUCACGCUCUUCUCUAUGCUCCAGACCCUGGGAUGCUCUUCGGCCGCAUCCCGCUGCGCUACGCCGUACUGAUGCAGAUGCGCUUCGAUGGGCGCCUGGGUUUCCCCGGUGGCUUCGUGGACACGCAGGACAGCAGCCUGGAGGACGGGCUGAACCGCGAGUUGCGCGAGGAGCUGGGUGAGGCGGUGGCCGCCUUCCGCGUGGAACGUGCUGACUACCGCAGCUCGCACGCAGGGUCUGGGCCGCGCGUGGUGGCCCACUUCUAUGCCAAGCGUCUGACGCUCGAGCAGCUGUUGGCAGUGGAGACUGGCGCAACACGAGCCAAGGACCAUGGGCUGGAGGUGCUGGGCCUCGUUCGGGUACCACUGUAUACCCUGCGGGAUGGUGUGGGAGGCCUGCCCACCUUUCUGGAGAAUUCCUUUAUUGGUGCUGCCCGGGAGCAGCUACUGGAAGCCCUCCAGGAUUUGGGACUGUUGGAAUCUGGCUCAGUCUCAGGCCUUAAGAUCCCAGCUCGUCACUAGAGGCAACCCUCCGUGGACCCAUGGAACCUGAGAUAAGGACCUUGGUACUAAAGAGGGAGGGAGGGAAAGGAGAAUGUUUUCUCUUCUGGCCUGAGAAAUGAUAGAUGAUAUCAGAUUAAAAUAAG